AUGAUAAUUGGAGACUUCAACAAUGUCAUGACAAACCAUGAUAGAAUUGGAGGGAAGCAAGUGAAUCUGGCUGAAUACACUGAUCUUGAACAGAUGAUGGAGGAUGUUGGCUUGUUUUCACGUGAAACUAAAGGAGAGUAUUUCACAUGGAACAAUAGGCAUGCAAAUAACAUGAUAUACUCUAGAAUUGACCAUGCCAUAUGCAAUAGAGAUUGGUUCAGUCAAUUUCCUCAUUGCAUUAUCACUGUGAUGCAUCCACACAUUUCAGAUCAUGCUCCAUUGAGAGUGCAGAUGUUGGGAAGAGACACAUUACCUAAAAGAAGAUCAAAUUUCAAAUUCCUCAAUUGCAUCACUGACAGAGCUGAGUUCAUUGAUACAGUUAGACAAAACUGGGAUCAUUCAGGGGAUGAUAGACCUAUGUACAAAGUUUGGAGAAAUUUGAAAAAGCUACAACCUAGCAUGAGGGAGCUUAGUAAGAAUACCACAGAGAAUGUGAAACACAUUCAACAACACAGACUCAACCUACAACAAGCCCAAGCUGAACUAUUACAAGACAGAUUUAAUGGAGAGCUAGUGAACAAAAUUACUCAGCUAACUACUGAGCUUAUGACAGCCUCUGAAUUGGAAGAACAAAUUCUGAAACAAAAAGCCAAGGUAGAUUGGUUUCUUCUUGGUGAUGGAAAUAAUAGAUACUUUUAUGAGAUGUUGAAAAGUAAGAACAAAGCUGCAGGGAUCUAUGCUCUUGAGGACUCAAAUGGCAUGGAAGUAACUGGACAGGAUUCCAUUGAAAGAGAGGUCCUUAAGUUCUAUGGGGACUUGAUUGGGAAGGCUAGCAAUCAAUUGAGGCAUAUAAAUGUGGAGGUCUUAAGGAGUGGCAAUCAACUCAGUCAUGCACAUCAAAUGGAGUUGAUACAAUCUGUUAUUGAAAAGGAAAUCCUAGCAGCUCUAAAGAGUAUUGGAGACACAAAGGCACCUGGCAUUGAUGGCUAUUGUAACACCCCACACAUAUAUGUCUAG